AUGGCAGACUUACCAGAAGCACGCGUGAACAAAGUAAAAUAUGCGUUUCAAAAAUGCGGCGUUGAUUAUGCAGGACCCUUUGAAUAUAAGGAAGGUCAACGAAAGAAUGCCAAGCUCAUAAAGUGUUAUAUAGCAUUAUUCGUCUGCCUCGCCACUAAGGCAGUUCACAUAGAAUUAGCUGCUGAUCUUUCCACAGAAGCUUAUUUAAAUGUAUUCAAGCGAUUCAUCUCCAGAAGAGGGCGUCCCACUGAUAUGUACUCCGACAAUGGCUUGAAUUUCGUCGGAGCAAGACGUCAGUUCAAUGAAUUGUAUGAGUUAUUUAAUGACGAUCUUUGCAAAACAAAAAUUAUUGACUUUGUGACAACAGAAAAAAUAAGAUGGCACUUUAUACCACCCAGAGCUCCGCACAUGGGCGGCAUUUGGGAGGCAGCAGUGAAGAGUACGAAGUUUCAUUUAAGACGUAUCAUCGGUGAAGCAUCAAUAAGAUAUGAAGAGCUACUCACAUUAUUAGUACAAGUUGAAGCUAUACUAAAUUCGAGGCCACUCACGCCUCUGUCAAACGACCCCAACGAUUUUGAAGUGCUUACUCCGGCACAUUUUCUGACAGGAUGUCCGCUUAUGACGUACCCAGAACCCAAUCUCAUGGAAUUACCAACCAACAAACUGUCACGAUGGCAGCGAGUUGAACAAUUAAAACAACACUUUUGGCGUCGAUGGACAAGAGAAUACCUUCACACGUGCCAAAUUCGCACGAAGUGGAAUAUGAUAAGCGAACCCAUCAAGAUAGGACAGAUGGUGAUGUUACAGGAGGACAAUCUACCACCUUUGUGCUGGAGUUUGGGUCGCAUAGAAGAAGUCUAUCCUAGUAACGACAAUACUAUUCGAGUUGUUUCUGUGCACACUAGCAAGGGAAUUUAUAAAAGACCCAUCACACGGUUAUGCGUUUUGCCCAUUGAACCAUAA